GAUGAUUUCUUGACCACCUAGAAUCUGAUUCUCUCUCCUAAUCUAAGUUGCACAGUUGCAGAACAUGACUGCCUAAAACAGAAAAACAAAAUUACGUACUACUAGUAAAUAAAUAUCCCAUUUCAGACAUGGUGUUAUCAUUACAAUAAACCCGCAUACACGCAGAUCCCUAAAAUUUAAGGUACUCCUUCAAUAUCACUCUCUUUUUAAAAUUGCUCGCUUUUUUCACCUGGAUUUUUGCAUUUUCUUGGAAUGUUGGUGAUUGGAGCGAGAGGUGGAAAAUUUCACUUGUCUUUGUGUGGUUGGUGAUGUUGUAAGCCUUUUGUGAAGCGCGAAUCAUGGAGGAUGAGUAUUCUGCUAUCAGAAGGUGGGAGGACAUGGAUAUUGAUAUCUUGGUGAAGAUUUUCCAAAGGAUGAACAUCUAUGAACUGACCUCUGGAGUUGCUCAUGUUUGUCACACGUGGAGAAUGGCUGCCUGUGACCCUUUGCUCUGGAAGACCCUUGACUUGUCAUUGCUUAAGUCCAACUUCAUCAAAAUCCCGCUGGAGCCAUACGUGUAUGUGGAUGGUCGAUCUGAUAAAACAUUUACGCGUGUUUUGAAGAUUGCUCUGAAUCUCAGCCGUGAGAGCAUAUUGACCAUGAUUUUCCAUUUUAAUAUGUAUGUCAGCGAUGAUCAACUCACAUAUACCGCUAAAAGAUCGUUUGAUGAUCUGCAUUGUAGGUGCCCGCGUCUCAAGCGCCUGGUGAUGCCCGCGUGGAACAGAAUAAAGAAGACAGGCAUAUGCCAGGCCGUUAAGAUGUGGGGAGAUCUGGAGUCACUAACAAUGCCUAGCAUAUCAAAUCCCCCAUACCUAAUGGAGGAGGUUUCGAGAAGCUGCAAGAAUUUUGCACAACUGAAAGUGAUGGGACCUUGCGACAUAUAUUUUGCAUCCACGCUGGCUGCAUUUUUGCCAAACCUAAAAGUUCUGAGCCUCCGUUGCUCGGUGCUGUUCAAGGAAGCUUUGAUCAUAAUCCUGGAGUGCAUCCCGGGACUAGAAGUGCUGAACAUAUCGCACUGUCUGCUCAUGGAAGACCCUCCACAGCCAGCGCCUAGGAGAGUCCUUAAAGCAUUGGACAAGUCGAUUCUAGAGAGAGCCAGCAGGCUGAAGAAGUUUGUGACGUGCAUGAGCGAGUCCUGCACAAUGUGCCAGCGGACGAGGAACGACGAGGGACUGAUAAGGUGGUACAAGUACGAGGAAGAUCUUUGGAGAGAUGAUGAAGUGAGUUCUCUUGCCAUAUGAUUAGGUUUAGGUGUGUGUGUAGUGUAUAAAAUGUGGAGUGGUAGAGACACCAAAAUGAAUAAGAAUAUAUGCGCAGAUGUUUGAUGGUAGAGAAUAUAUACACAUACCAUCUGCAAUUGACUACUAAACUUGUAGCUGCUGUAGGUGGAGGUGAUUCAAGACUUGUUCAAGAGUCGAGACUUAUUUUUUCUCUA